AUGUCUUCCAGAUCUACUCACAUCUUCAAAAGUAUCGAUGACCUCGACCUAAAAGUCGACAUCAUUUACCCAUCUUCUCUUACUUCAGUCUUAACCACAGUACUUUACCUUCACGGUGGGGGACUUACAGGUUUCGAUCGAGAACAUCUUCCUCCUCAUAUCGUUCAAUCCUGUCUACUUCGAAAUUGGCCUAUUAUUAGCGCAGAUUAUCGUCUCAUGCCGCAAGCUAGUGCUCAAGACAUGUUGGAGGAUGUGAUAUCCGCAUACGACUUUGUACACAAAAGGCUCCGGAAGCUUCUUAAUUUCAAGGAACUCGAAGCUGAGAAAAUCAAUAUUAUUCUCAUGGGUUCAAGCGCUGGUGCUUAUCUAUCAUACAUUGCCAAACCCCAUCUUUCACCUCCACCAGUUGCAGUCUUUAUAUACUACGGCUGUCCAACCGUCCACGAUCCUAAAAACUAUUUCUCCAGCAGCAAAACACUUUUUAACGAAACGCCCUAUCCCGAAUCUCGAUUUGCGCAUUUCCUCGCAAGCUCCCCAAUCAUUAACCCAACACCUUCUUUCUUCCCAAUAUUCAACUCAUCCUCUCUUCUUCCGAACUUUUCUCGUGAUCCUGCAUACAAACCUUUGCCUAAGGAAGAAUUCGAAGAUCGUUCUUCACUACUCUUGUGGUUAGUCCAAGAGAACAAAUUACCUGAGUUGUGGAAAGGCGUUGAUCAAGGAUUGGAAAGUGAGGUUUGGAAAGGGUUUGGCAAGACGAUUAUCGUGCAUGGAGAUCAGGAUGAAUUGAUUCCAUACUAUAUGGCAAAACAAGGUGUUGAUGUUAUUGGACCAACUGAUGCUCAAUUGUUUACUGCAAUCGGCAGGAAGCAUGGUUGGGAUAUGCCCUUGUUUCUUGGAGAUCCAGGAUUAAAAGAAGUUGAGGAGGCUUGGGAAGCUUUGGAUAGAAUCGUUGUAGAAGCUCAAGGAGAGCCUUCAUCUUAA